UCAAAAAAUAAAGAAAAUCACCGAGAUCCUUGGCUUGUUCAUUUAUAGGGGCAGGAAGGUGAUCGACAUUCCUCACUUCUCGCUACUCAAAUACAAUUUUCUUGGUCUACAUCAGUUCCUCUCUCAUUCAUUACAGUUUCCUCUUGUUUUCAAGGGGUAAUAUUUUGAUUUUUUUUGAAUUCUUUUUUCUCUGGUGAAUCUGAGCCGUAAGAUAAUCCCCAGGUGAAAAUGUCGACGUACACGCCCAAGAAUAUCCUUGUUACUGGGGCUGCCGGAUUCAUUGCAUCACAUGUUGCGAAUAGGCUAGUUCGGAACUACCCUGAGUAUAAGAUCAUUGUUCUUGACAAACUUGAUUACUGUUCCAAUCUGAAAAACCUGUUGCCAUCCAACUCUUCUCCCAACUUCAAGUUUGUUAAGGGAGACAUCGGUAGUGCUGACCUCGUGAACUACCUUCUCAUCACUGAGAACAUUGAUACCAUUAUGCACUUUGCUGCCCAGACUCAUGUUGAUAAUUCAUUUGGCAACAGCUUCGAGUUCACCAAGAACAACAUCUAUGGCACCCAUGUCCUGUUGGAGGCUUGCAAGGUGACUGGAAGUCAGAUCAGGAGGUUUAUCCAUGUUAGCACUGACGAGGUCUAUGGGGAGACGGAUGAGGAUGCUGUUGUUGGCAACCAUGAGGCAUCACAGCUGCUCCCCAUGAAUCCUUACUCAGCCACGAAGGCAGGGGCAGAGAUGCUUGUCAUGGCCUAUGGUAGAUCUUAUGGAUUGCCUGUGAUCACAACCCGUGGGAACAAUGUUUAUGGUCCGAAUCAGUUCCCCGAGAAGUUAAUUCCCAAGUUUAUCCUCUUGGCCAUGAGAGGACAGACGCUUCCUAUCCAUGGCGAUGGCUCUAAUGUGCCGAGUUAUCUUUACUGCGAGGAUGUUGCAAAGGCAUUUGAAGUGGUUCUCCACAAGGGAGAAGUCGGCCACGUGUACAACAUUGGGACGAAGAAGGAAAGAAGGGUCAUCGAUGUUGCUCAAGAUCUAUGCAAGCUGUUUAACAUGGAUGCUGAUAAGAGCAUUGAGUUUGUGGAGAAUAGGCCUUUCAAUGAUCAGAGGUAUUUCCUUGAUGAUGAGAAGAUGAAGAAUAUCGGUUGGGCCGAGAGGACCACUUGGGAAGAAGGGUUGAGGAAGACGAUGGAGUGGUACAUUAGCAACCCCGACUGGUGGCGUGAUGUCUCUGGUGCUCUGAUACCUCACCCUAGAAUGUUGAUGAUGCCCGGUGGCGCGGAGAGAGUGUCUGAGCAGUCUGAAUCGGGAUUGUCUGGUAACGAUAACAAGCCUAAGUUGUUGGUCCCGGAUGCCAAAAACAGCGCCUCGCCUAAGUUCUUAAUCUACGCCACGCCACGCCACGGAGGAAGUGGACGGACGAUGAGAACGUUGCGCUGUCGAAGGCGUGGGUGUCGGUUUGCGAUGUUCCUCUGGUUGCGAACAACCAUAGGAUCGUCAACAUGUGGGCUAAGAUUGCAGCCUACAGGAGGAACUGCCCGCAUGGGAAGGUAUACACCGGGGAUGAGUGCCGGAAGGGAUGGGAACGCAUCGCGGUUGGCCGAUUUUCGGGCUUGUACGCCAACGCCCUCCGCAUACAGACUAGUGUGCAGACUGAGGAGGACGGCCGGAGGAUAGCGGAGAGAGCAUUCCCCGUGCCGGGGACUUAUAAGGAUUUCACCUACUGGAACUCCUAUCUGGUGGUGCUGAAGGACUCCGAGAAGUUCCGGGCGGGGGUCGACGCUGGGUGGCCGAAGAAGCAGAAGCUGAACUAUUCCGGCGAUUACAGCGGCAGCAGCGGCGGUUCCUACGACCUCUCCCCGGAUGCUUAGGAUUUCCCGUCCCCUCCAUCGUUUGCUCGCUGCACUCGCCCGGUUGGCCAAAGGCAGGCGCAACGGGCAGCGAGGGGAGUCUCCCCCCCUAUCGCCCCAGGAGGUCCAGUCGGCAACCCUCCACCCGAGCUCAGCUUCUUCUCGCGCCAAAAAAUGCGGGAGCAGAUGUACAAGGUCUUCCAAGAAUGGAGGGCCGCAACUGACCCCAUGGAGAAGAGGUUUCUUCACUCGAUGCUCGAGAGUAUGCGGGUCGAUUUGGAUGCCGCGAGGGCACAGUUGGGAAGCUCAGACGCGGGCUCAGAUGCCCCGGGUAGCGGCGACAACGGCAGCGAGGACGGCGGCGACGAGGAGUAGAGAGAGCCGGGGCUCGUCUGUGGAAGCCUGGUUUUUUUUUAUUAUGUAAUUUUUUUUAAUUAAUGUACCUUUUUUUAUUUAAAUGAAAUUAAUGAAUUUUCCCAUAUAUGUCUCGUAAA